AUGAAUCGUGAGCAGUUCUCCGCUAAUAUCGUUCGACGGCAAAACUCGGCUAAGGUACUCGAUAUGUGGUUACGCGAGAAUGUGAUUCGACCUGUUAAUCCAUCUUAUAGAGACUCACCUCCUAUGUUUUGUGAUAGCAAGAAGGUCAUCUACACAAUGAAUCCUGACUCUGAUCACAAGUUAUACAUUUGCUCAACCCCUACCUCGUACAACAGAUCGGUGGGCAGACGGCCAUCGCGAACAAGUUCUUUCAAGCGUUUCUUUUCUCCGAGCCGAUUAAGAGGCUCUGAAGGAACAGGGCACACAACGUUAGUUCGAUCUCCAUCAGCGAUGUCUGAAUCAGUGCUCACUUCAAGGCAUACAUCUCACACACCAUUCACACUCACUGUGGAACCUCCUAUGAGAAAUCAGCGCUCGUUGAAAGAGGAGGCCGAAUUACACGACGCUGCGUUGUUCCGCUUGCUGACGAUUGUUGAAAUACCCAUGCUCGAUGAUCUGACCACAGUACCUGGCCAGCCAACGAAAAGCGCUUCAAUACUCUCCACGAUACUUUCGAAAAUUGGUCUUGGAGGCUCAACACCCGAAACACUUGCAUCGAAUGAAGAAGAAAUGGAUGAUCUACUUGAAGACACGCCGUCCAUUCGACCACUCGUGCCAUGGUUCCAGCUUGCACGUAUUUGUGCUCCUGGUCUUUAUUUCAAGUCUAGCGGAAAGAAACCAACUAGAGAGGAAAUCCACAAUUGGGCGAAAGCGUCUCUACAAGCGAUUAGUGACCGAUACUCGUCGAUCACGCAUCGUGGAUCGUCACCACUGUUUCCGACUGAAUUCUCACCCAUCAUUGAAGCGAUUAUCCAGCAACUCCUUGGCAAGAAAAAAAGGAAGACGAAGCUAGCUUUGCAAUACCUCUGCCUGAUGAUUCCACAGAGGCUUCGUACACAUCUCAGCAAUGUGGUACAAUUUCUUGAGCGAACUAUAGGAACCGAUGAGUUCAUGUCUCUACGAAAUCCGUACUUUUUAGGCAAUAAAGGUGAUACAGAGAACUUCGAAAUCGUUUUCGAUGAACUGAGAUCAUUUAUAUUCCCGCAGAAAAUUGCAAGAGUGGACCAGAACAGAUUGAUGGAGGCUCUGUUGCAACUAAGGAAAGAAGGCAAUUUGGGCACUGAACCGCCAGAACUUGUCGCAGAUCUCAAAAGAUUAAGGUCGCUUUUUUCACCGUUCACUUGUUGGGCUAAUACCUUAGAGAUCGUGGUUUUGUAG